AAUUAUUUACUUUUAAAUCUGGCCAUAUCCGAUAUCCUAUUCGCAACGUUAAUCUCACCAAAGAUUAUUGUCAGCUUCAACAUGAGUCACCCAGACGGAUUGGCAGGUGUGGUUCUCUGCAAGCUCUUAACAGGUGGAAAUAUGGCCUGGGUUCCAGGAGUUUCCUCACUGGUCACUUUGGUUGCAAUUGCCUUUGAAAGAUAUUACACUGUAUUAUACCCCCUUGCCAGGGAUAAGAAUCUUUCACGGCGCAAGUUGAGGAUGAUAGUUCUUGGCUCAUGGGUGUUCUCAGUUAUUUUCAACAUACCACUGUUUUUGGCUAGGACCUUCGACAAGGAGAAAAGCAGCAAAAAUUGUGUUCAGAGUUGGCCCGAGCAGUGGAUGUCUACGACUUAUUGUUUGGCGUGGUUGGUCUUGGUUAUCGUUGCGGUGGGAAUAAUGGUUGUCCUUUACUCUAUUGUCGUGGGCACCUUGUGGUUUAAACGCAAUGAAAACAAAGGAAUAAACUAUCAGCAACAAGGUGUCAUGAAGGUUCGGAAACGUGUCACCUUGAUGGCUGUAACAGUCAGUUUCAUCUUUGCAGUUUCGUGGGGAGCAGAAUCAGUUGAAUACGUCUUAAGGACCCUUACAACUCUCAACAUCAGCUUUGAACAUAUUGCAGUUGUUGAUUUAAUGGUGUUAUUCAAUUCAGCAGUCAACCCAUUCGUGUAUGCCUUGCUGAACCAUCAGUUCAGAGAGAAGAUCGAGGGAAUGAUUUGUUGUACUG